AUGAAAAUACGGUUCCAUAAUGGGUUCCUGUUCGCUUUGAUUGUUGUACUAAAAGUCACAGCCAGUCCAUUGAAUGGUGUAACUGAAAAUCAGUUGAAGUCAAAAAGUGUUGUUCCCUCUCCAUUGGUUAUACCGGCUAGUCAAUACUUUGAUGGUGAUGAUGGUGAAUGGUCUUCGUUGGCAUUGAGAGUUGGGAGCCCUGCACAAGAUGUUCGAGCAUUGGUAUCAACCAAUUCACCACAGACCUUAGUAGUUUUGCCAAUUGGUUGCACUUCUGCAGCCAUAUCACCAGUACCAAGUGGUUGUGCGAAUGCUCGAGGGGGCCUAUUCAACAACAGCUUAUCCAAUACUUGGGAGGACAUAGGAUUAUUUGGAAUCAACGGAAAUGGCGUAGGAUUCCAGGCAGAUUUGGGAUAUUCUCAAUCUGCGGACUUUGGCUUAGAUUCAAUUGGAUUGGGAUAUGUUUCAGGGACGAAUGGACCUACGCUCAAUAAUCAAACAAUAGGUGCCAUUGCUACAGCAUCCCCAUUUUAUACAGGAAUAUUCGGGCUUGGUACUCAACCAUUGAACUUUACGACUAUAGGAAAUUAUUCAUCUGAGUCCUAUUUCUCAUCUUUAUGGUCUCAAAACCUUAUCCCAAGUUUGACAUGGAGCUAUACAGCUGGAGCAAAAUAUCGACUCAAAGCCGGACAAUACGCGCAAUUAAUUUUUGGAGGAUAUGAUACGUCUCGAUUUACGCCAAAUUCUGCUUCCUUUACUCUUUCAUCAGACAUCAAUCGAGAUAUCGUUGUGGCAAUUCAAGCUAUAACAUAUAGUGGAACAACACAAGCUAGCCUUUUGCAAAGUCCGACUUAUGCUUUUAUUGAGUCAACCGAUCCAAAUUUCUGGCUUCCUGAAGCAGUUUGCCAAGAAUUUGAGAAAGCUUUUGGUCUUUCAUUAGACAACAAUGGUCUCUACUUGAUCAACUCUACACAAUACUCUUUGUUGACCUCUAUCAACCCUCAAGUUACAUUUUCUUUAGCGAAUUCAUUGACAGGUGGUGACAUCGCUUCUAUCGUACUACCUUUCAAUGCUUUUGCUCUAUCAGCUUCAUAUCCUUUUGUUCCAAAUGAUACUUAUUAUUUUCCUCUCAGAAAAUCGGCCAAUGAAAGUCAGAAUACUUUAGGGCGAGCUUUUCUACAAGAAGCUUACCUCACAGUUGAUUAUGAACGUGGAAAUUUCACUGUCAGUCAGUGUUCUUUUGUUGAUGGUUCCAGUUCUGAAAUCAGUACUAUUAUAUCUCCCACUUUGACAAAUAAUUCCUCAUCUAUGUCGCAGUCUUCAUCCAGCGCUGAUUCUACUGAUCCCACUAAACAUCUGUCAAUUGGAAUUAUAUGUGGGAUUGCUGUGGCAUUAGUGGCUGUUCUCAUCAUUGGAGCUCUUGGUGGAUUUUAUCUUUUCCGUCGUCGCAACCGUCGCAUAUCUACAGCAGAGAUUGCUCUACGUGGAAUCAAUGGAUCGUUCUCUAAGGAUGGUUCUCGCAUGACACCAUCGCCAAAUCCAUCAUCCAUCCCUCCAAUGAACCCUUCUCCAGAUCCCUCGUCAAACCAAACGUAUAUGCAAGAAGUCAAACCGAUAGCCGAAGCGCCAGGUCAUGAAACUCGUGAGCUGGUGGAACUUCAGUCUCCUGAUCUGAACAACCAGUCAAAUUUUAUUCAAUUUACAAAUAAACCAACGGAAAUAUAUACAAAAACAUCAGAAGAUCCUUAUGAGGAUUAUACAACCGCUGCACGCCGAAUAGAAUCCCAAAGAAAGUUUGCAACUUCAUCUGAAAUGGAUGCAAGUUCCACGAUAUAUGAGCUUCCUGGAAGUAACCCAUUGGUCGAGAUGGAUGAUGAGAGGAGCAGGCAUACUUUGUCGCCACGGUUAUAUCCAUCUCAGAAAUCACCGCAAUUUUAUCAGGAAGGACACAACUUAUUAUCACAACAUUCCUCAUACCAAAAUAUAUCUCCGGCCAUAUCAGAACUAUCACCAAGUCCUAGAGUUUUCUCAACACAAGGAAGGAUAUCCCCAUUCGAAAUUCUCUCAAAUAAAUCAUCUACCCCACAAAAAUCAGAGUCUAUUGACACUAAACCCUCCACAAAAACAAAUCUUGAACCGCCCACUUAUCGCUAUAACCCGUUAAGAAGAUCAGGCACAGGUUACUCGGGCAAUUCAGGAUUCUCAGGGAUUUCAGAAGAAUCAACAGGAACGCCCAUUUCAAUGACAAGUCCUACUCUUGGAAGACCUCCCUCAAUGUUCAUGAGAGCUUUCUCAAGAUCUGGCAGACCGGCUUGGAUUAGAGAAUCAGCCCCGAGUGUUCCCUCUAGGGGUUCUUCUAAUGCUACGACGCCGGGUGGGCGGACUGGUAAAAAUCCUAAUAACUCUUGGUUCUUUUAA